CCGCACACCACCAACUCGCUGAACAAAAAGCAACCUUACACCCGCACUUUUUUCAUAAUAAUCCCGCAUCUGCCUCAGUCUCGACAUGGGUUCUAUCUUCUCUCGCAUCCUUGGAAGACUGUGGGGCGACAAAGAGGUCAGGAUCUUGAUCCUCGGUUUGGACGGCGCCGGAAAGACUACGAUAUUGUACAGACUCCAGGUCGGUGAGGUCGUCACAACUAUUCCCACCAUUGGAUUCAACGUGGAGACGGUACAAUAUAAAAAUAUUAAGUUCCAAGUCUGGGAUCUGGGCGGACAGACUUCGAUUCGGCCAUACUGGAGAUGCUACUAUGCCAACACGGACGCUGUCAUUUACGUUGUUGACUCUGUGGAUCGCGAUCGUGUAUCAACCGCCAAGGAGGAGCUGAUGGCCAUGCUGGAGGAGGAGGAGCUCAAGGAUGCCUCUUUGUUGGUCUUUGCGAACAAACAGGAUAUGGCCGGUGCCAUGACUGCUGCUGAGGUCUCGGAUGCACUUGGUUUGAGCACAUUAAUGAAUCGCCAGUGGAGCAUUUACAAGACGAGUGCCGUCAAAGGUGAAGGACUGACAGAGGGAUUGGACUGGUAAGCGAUUUAGGUUGUGAUCACUAGAAUGUGCUAUAGUGGCAAUAUUGUUGACUAACACUGUCCAAUUACUCCUUGUGGUCGUAGGCUUAUCAACAUUAUGCAGAAG